AUGCUGGGCGCGGGUGUCGCGCACUGGCAGUGGGCGGUCCUGGUGCUCCUGGCUUCGCUCCCAGAGGUGCGACGCUUCUCGCCCGAGCCGACAGCGGAGGCGUCGCCUAGCCUCGAGUCGGUGGUCGCGAACGCCCUCGAGGAGCUGGACGCUAGGCGCGGGGGCCCGCCGCCUCCCUGGCCUGACGAUCCCGCGGGGGCGUCAGGCGCCGCCGGUCGGCGCGAGCAGGCUCUCGAGCCCGUGGAGUGCCGCUGCGAGUGCCCGAGCUGCGAGGUCUCGGCUGGCGGCGGCUGGGCAGUGGCGCUGGUGAUGGCGGCCUUGGCCCGCAACGCGAGGCUGGUGACGGAGACGGGCGCAAACGGCACAGAAGAGGGUAUAUUGCCUAGGCUGCGGCCGGGACAAGUAGUGGCGGUGAAGUACCCAGAGGAUGCGCUUUGGCACGAGCGGCUUCUGAUAGGCUCUAGCGCGGAGGAGCUGGGAACACUGCCGGGCUGGAACUGGCGCGUGAUGACCCCAGGCGGCGACGAGUAUGAAGAGGCGUUGGACGGGAGCCAGCCUGGUCCGACAAGGCUUGCCAUGCUCACGCUGGAGGGGGGUGCCCCUCGAAUGUUUCGAGGAAAGUUCUACUGGUUCAGGGAGUACCCGACGGACGCGCAAUUGGUUCGCAAGGCUGUGGAGCACUUCCGCGCCCAGGCCAGCGCUGGCACCCCUCAGCCGCUGCCGAGAGACUUCGUGGAUGUGGACGGAGCGGCGGUGGUCACGGCGGCGGUGCAGGCAGUGGUAGCCGCCGACUCGAUUCGGACGGCGCCAGAGCACUGCUGGAUCACCUACGGCCUGGAGGGGCCCGAGCCAGUCGGAAGCAUUGUGAUGCUUGUUGAUGGCGUGGACGUGCACGUCAGCGAGUCCGUGAUGCUGAAGCAGCGCGGGGGUGGCCUCUUCGUGAAGUGCGUGAUGGUGCGUCGCUCGGAGGUGGAGGCGCGCUCUCGGGAGCUGUUGGAUAUCGCGUCUGCCCGCGUCAGGACCCUCUGGGUGGACUACGAUCCCCGAGGCGAACGUUUCAAGGAGUGGCGGCAGGUCUGCUUGGAGUCGCGCACGGUUGUCUAUAUCGGUGGCACGUUCGAUCAGCUGAACAUGCCGGCUUCGCAGUGCUUCGAGCGCAUCAGCCGCCGCAUAGCGUCGAUCGUGGACGCCUACAGCGGCAGCGGCGGUCCGUCAUGGCGGAUGGCGAGGCACUACGAGGCCGUGUCAGGAGUGCUGGACAGCGUGUUUCCCGCCCUGCGACAGUGGGGAAUCGAGCGAGCGAAGGGCGAGAACGAGCUGAACACCGCCCGCGCUCGCGGGCUGAAGGGCGGCUCUGGUGAGGAUGACGAAGGUGGCGAUGACGAGGCUGAGAAGGCGGAGAGCGGCGGAGACCUCUUCCCGCUACUUCGGGAGGAGGCGCCCGCGCGGCCAGCGAAGCAGGGCGGCAGGAGGCUGGCCAGGUGGCGUGCGCGCCGCCGGGAGAUCGAUCUGGUUGACAGCGCGCUCAGCGCAGUUAAUUGGAUGCAUGGCUUCGAGCUCGGGCAUGAGGCUCAGCGUGAGGGAGAUGAGAUGCAGCGGGGCGUGACGCAGUACGUGUGUGGGCUGGCCCAGGGCGAGCAGCGCGCGUGCAGCGGGCUUGACGCGCCGCCGGCGCAGGUGGCCCUUCGGGAGUUGUUGCGCGGCCGUUCCCUGUGCGGCGCGGGGGCGGCCGACGACUCAAUGGCGCCCUUUCAACAGAGCCGCCUGUCGCUGCCGGAGCCCGUGGAGGGUUUCCCCUACAUCGGCGACGUCUGCGGCAGGAGGGGCCACUACUUCUUGGAGAGGGAGGGCGAGCGUAUGCUGAAGCCCGUCGGCGAGGCCCAGGCUGACCUCGCGCGCGACGGCACUCUGUGCUACUGCGACCCCGCUCUGCGGCAUGGCUUUCUUCGGCACUACAUCUACGUGGGCAACGUGGGCGUGAUGGGCACCGACCAGACCAGCGUCGAGGGCACGCUGGAGGACGUGGUGGGAGCGUUCUCCAGGAAGGGGCUGCUGGUUCACGAGCAGGCCGUCAGCUCUGGCGUCGUCGAGGUGCUCGGUGUCGAGGUCGACGGGCAGGUGAUGCAGACUCGGGCGACUGGCAGGAGGCGGCUGCGGGCUCGGCAGGCCAUAGCCGGGCUGCUGCAGCGGGGCCGCUGCUCAGGCAGCGCGCUUGAGGUGCUGUUAGGGCACCUCACCUUCCUGGCGAUGUCCCGCCGAGCAUACGGCUGCGGAGCCGCAGAAGCCUGGUGGCCUAUCGAGUUGGUCAAGGAGACUGGCCGUCGUCGGGAGAGAGAUAGGUUUCUCGUGCCAGAGGCGGCGAACGCCCGAGCCUCGGCUUUGGGAGAGGAUUUCGUCUCGACUGCCCCCGCCUCCCUCUUAGAUCGUGCCGAGGGUGUUUUAGGCAAAGGAGGGGCCGUAGGUUUGAGAGCGGUGCUGCCCCCCGGCGUCCGGGACCUGGACCCUGAGUUCUUGGAGAGCCAGAUGAGGAGGCGGGCGCUGGCGCCCCCCGCAGGCCCCGAUCGCGCCAAGACGGUGAGCGCGGGCCGGCGGAAGCGGGAGCUGGCCGCCUUGCAGGAGGCCCAGGCCUUGCCGCAGGCAAGACGAGCCAGGCUGCUGCCGCCGGUGGGGCCGCCCAAGGGCUGGGAGGCUCCGCGAGCCUCGCGCCUGCCCAGCCUGGAGGAGCUGACCCAGGAGGCGGAGGCCCCCUCCAUCACCCGACGCUCCGCAGCCACUGGGGCGACGUCCGAAGGCGGGGAGUCGCCAGGCGCAGGGCGAGAGCGGGUGCUUCGUCGUCGGCGCAAGCGGCGGGUGACGAACUACGUGGCGGAGGCCUGCGAGCUGCUGAACUCGGGCAGCAGUCUGCUCGAACAGAAAGCUGUUCAGGAGCAGACCCGACGGCAGUAUCAGGCCGAGCUGGAGCGCUGGAAAGGUCACUCUCGCAUCGACAAUGUGAAGAGGUUCAGUGACGAGGAGGUCGACGAGUCACUGGUGCGCCUGUUCGAAAGAGCUUUCUUGGGCGAGCAGGCCCACCGAGGGGCCAAGCUGAUGGCCGCCCUGAUGCGCGCGGAGCCGCGGUUCGGGCGGCUGGGCGACCGCCGGGCCCCCAGGGCCUGGCGAGCGCUGAAGGGCUGGCGGCGGCUCGCGCCAGGGAGGUCAAGGCGCCCAGAGCCGCUCUGCCUGUGGGCGGGAAUCGCCAGCGAGAUGGCGAAGCGGGGAGAGGCCAAGAUGGCGCUGUUUGUCUUGCUCUCAGUGAGUACCUACCUGAGGCCCAGCAGCAUCCUCGCCUUGGGGCCGGAGAGCUUCCUGGCGCCCAAGUCCGCCCGCGGGCGCUGGGGCCUGCUGGUGCAUCCAGCCGAGAGAGGAGUGCCGGACAAGGUCGGGGAGUACGACCUUUCGAUGAUGCUCGACAGCCCGUGGCUUCAGUUUAUUGGUCCACUCCUGCAUAUCUUGGCAAAUCAGAACAGGCGACAGGCGGUCUGGGGGUUCGGAUACUGGGAGUACCUGAAGAUGUUCAAUCAGUGUGCCAAGGCGUUAAACGUGACGGUGGUCCCGUACCAGACCAGGCAUUCAGGUGCCUCGAUCGACAGAGAGAACAUAUGGAGAAGCCUUGCGGAAGUUAAACGCCGGGGAGGAUGGAAGGCCGACAGCAGCGUGAUGGGGUACGAAAACCAUGCCCGACUUCGACACAGCGAGCUGCGGUUCCCGUCAAACCUCCUACAGCACCUUCGGGCAUGCGAACCACAGCUCGAGGAUGUUAUCCUGCGGGGCAAGGCGGUAACGCGGUGCGAUUAG